CAGCUGGUUCUUGUGGUGAUCCAGGUGUCCCAGGUCAUGGUUCUAGGGAAGAGAACAAUUUUAAAAUUAAAAGCACAGUACAUUUCAGCUGUGACAUUGGAUAUAUUCUCCAUGGUUCAGAAGAAAGAACAUGUAUGGCAAAUGGAAGCUGGACAGGAAGACAGCCUGAGUGCAAAGCUGUACAGUGUGGUAAUCCAGGGACAACUGCUAAUGGAAAAGUAUUUCGUAUAGAUGGAACUACAUUCUCUAAUUCAGUAAUUUAUUCAUGCAUGGAAGGCUAUGUACUUUCUGGAUCAUCUGUAAGACAAUGCACUGCCAAUGGAACAUGGUCUGGAUCCUUGCCAAACUGCACAAUUAUCAGUUGUGGAGAUCCAGGAGUUCCAGCCAAUGGUAUGAGAUAUGGUGAUUAUUAUGUUGUUGGACAAAAUGUUACAUAUAUGUGCCAACCUGGGUAUACAAUGGAAUCAAAUAGCUCCUUAAUUCGCACUUGUACGAGCAAUGGCACAUGGAGUGGAGUAAUGCCAGCUUGCAAAGCUGUUACCUGCCCAACACCUCCCCAGAUCUCCAAUGGAAGGUUGGAAGGAACAAACUUUGAUUGGGGAUUUAGUGUUAGCUAUGUCUGCUCUCCAGGCUAUGAACUCUCCUUUCCUGCUGUUUUGACUUGUGUUGGGAAUGGUACAUGGAGUGGUGAAGUACCUCAGUGUUUACCAAAGUUUUGUGGUGACCCCGGAGUACCUGCUCAGGGGAAAAGAGAAGGCAAGAGCUUCAUCUAUCAGUCAGAAGUCUCUUUCAGCUGCAAUCCUCCUUUUAUUUUGGUUGGCUCAAGCACUAGAAUUUGCCAAGCAGAUGGCACAUGGAGUGGAUCCUCUCCUCGAUGUAUAGAACCUACUCGCACAGCAUGUGAAAAUCCAGGAGUCCCACGACAUGGAUCACAGAACAACACAUUUGGAUAUCAGGUAGGAAAUGUUGUUCAGUUUCAGUGUAAAAAAGGACACCUUCUCCAUGGCUCAACAACAAGAACUUGUCUUCCUGAUCUUACGUGGAGUGGAAUUCAGCCAGAGUGUAUACCUCACAGCUGUAAACAACCGGAAACGCCAACUCAUGCUAAUGUUGCAGGAAUGGAUCUUCCUUCACUUGGCUAUACCUUGAUUUAUACUUGUCAGCCAGGUUUCUUUCUGGCAGGAGGAUCAGAGCAUAGAGCCUGUAGAUCUGAUGGCACAUGGACUGGGAAAGUUCCAGUUUGUGAAGCUGGUUCCAAAAUACUGGUGAAGGAUCCAAGACCAGCUUUGGGAACACCAAGCCCCAAACUAAGUGUUCCUGAUGAUGUAUUUGCCCAAAAUUAUAUAUGGAAAGGAUCUUACAAUUACAAAAGCAAGAAACAGCCUAUGACCUUGACAGUCACGAGUUUCAAUGCAACUUCAGGAAGAGUGAAUGCAACACUUACCAACAGCAACAUGGAAUUACUGCUUUCAGGAGUGUAUAAAAGCCAGGAAGCUCGGCUAAUGCUCCACAUCUAUCUCAUUAAAGCACCCUCUCAUACUUCUGCAAGCAAAUUGAAAGAGGAAAAAUGGGCAAUGGAUGGUUUUGUUUCUGCUGAACCUGAUGGAGCUACAUAUGUUUUUCAAGGAUUCAUCCAGGGUAAAGAUUAUGGGCAAUUUGGACUUCAGAGAUUAGGUCUUAAUAUGUCUGAGGGUUCAAAUUCUUCUAAUCAACCACAUGGUACAAAUAGUAGUUCAGUGGCCAUUGCUAUCCUUGUGCCUUUCUUUGCCCUUAUAUUUGCAGGUUUUGGCUUUUAUCUUUAUAAACAAAGGACUGCACCUAAAACACAGUAUACAGGAUGCUCUGUACAUGAAAAUAACAACGGACAAGCUGCUUUUGAAAACCCCAUGUAUGACACAAAUGCAAAGUCUGUGGAAGGGAAAGCUGUACGAUUUGACCCCAAUUUGAACACUGUUUGCACAAUGGUAUAAUGUGGUAAUGAUAUGUCUUCAAAGUUUGGAAAUUGAAACACAACACAGUGCACAUAUAGUUCACUGAUUAAAAAAGAAAUUAAAGCACACUUUUCAGGAUAUGCUGGGUCACCUUUUCCUGAGGACGAUAGACAAGA